GCGAACCUCUGCGGACUACUGCUAACGGAAGGACAGGAAAGCGAUGGUGGUAGCUGACACGAGUGGUAGCUGGGAGCUGCCAUUCAUCCCCUCUCCCCCUCGUUAAAAGCACAUGGAGAUGCCUCACCAUCCCAAUCCAGCUUAAAGUGCAGGCAGCACCAGAGAUCGAAGAUGGCUCCCGGCACCGCAGUCCUUCCCACCAACGAGCAGACCUUGAGGGCGAGCUUCGUCCGGGACGAGGACGAGCGUCCCAAGGUGGCUUACAACCAGUUCAGCCUUGACAUCCCCGUGAUCUCGCUCUCCGGGAUUGAUGACGACGCCGCGGGCGGGAAGAGGGCGGAGAUCCGCCGCAAGGUCGUGGAGGCCUGCGAGGACUGGGGUAUAUUCCAGGUGGUGGACCACGGGGUCGACGCCGGCCUUAUCUCCGACAUGACUAGGCUGGCCAAAGAGUUCUUCGCGCUGUCCCCGGAGGAGAAGCUCUUGUUCGACAUGUCCGGUGGGAAGAAGGGAGGGUUCAUCGUCUCCAGCCACCUCCAGGGCGAGGCAGUUCAGGACUGGAGAGAGAUCGUGACGUACUUCUCAUACCCAAUUCGGGCUCGGGACUACUCGCGAUGGCCGGACAAGCCGGAAGGGUGGAGAUCCGUGGUGGAGUCGUACAGCGAGAAGCUUAUGGGCUUGGCGUGCAAGCUCUUGGAGGUGUUGUCUGAGGCUAUGGGGCUCGACAAGGAGGCCCUCACCGAGGCCUGCAUCGACAUGGAUCAGAAGGUUGUCGUCAACUACUACCCCAAGUGCCCCCAGCCGGACCUCACUCUUGGCCUCAAACGACACACCGAUCCCGGCACCAUCACCCUCCUCCUCCAAGACCAAGUCGGCGGCCUCCAAGCCACCAAGGAUGGCGGCAAGACAUGGAUCACGGUUCAGCCUGUGGAGGGAGCUUUUGUGGUCAACCUCGGGGACCAUGGCCAUUUUCUGAGCAAUGGGAGGUUCAAGAAUGCUGACCACCAGGCUGUGGUGAACUCAAACUACAGCAGGCUCUCCAUCGCCACGUUUCAGAACCCCGCGCCGGAGGCAAUCGUGUAUCCGCUGGCAGUAAGGGAGGGAGAGAAGCCGAUUCUGGAGGAGCCCAUCACGUUUGCCGAGAUGUACCGCAGGAAGAUGAGCCGAGACCUCGAGCUCGCCAAGCUCAAGAAACUGGCCAAGACGGAGCAGAAGCAGCAGCCGGAGCUACUGGAGAAGACUAAGGACAUCAACUUGGCCAAGGCUACAGGCCUCGAUGAGAUCUUGGCUUAAUACAUAUGUGUAGGUCUUUGUCAUCUUCCAUGUCUGUCCUACUUUAGCUUCCUUGUCUGGUUUGUUGGUCGAAGCUGUCAUAAGUUUUCCCGUGAUAUGGACUAUGAAUCUAUCAUCCUUUGUUAUUUCACUUUGUUUGAUAA